AUGGCCGAGUUUGUUGAUGCCGUUGUUGCCUUUGGCGGACCAGUCUGGAAUCUUGUGCUGUGUGUUCUUCCUGCUGCAGAGUUGGUCAAGAUGGAUGAUGCCGACACUCGUCAUCCUUGUCUUUCGUGGAGGCUUGCUAGUGGGGCUCAAUUCAAAUGCAAGUGCACCAGUCUGGAGUUUCUUCGAUUUGGCAACUCAACAAAGUAUCGGUUCAAAGCCGAAGGAUUUUUGAUCAAGGACGGUGGUAGUUCUGGCACCGUGCAAAGCUUUGAGCUCAAUCUAACGAUGAGAGCUCCUUGGGUUACUGAUAUCACAAAGCUUAAGGGUGCAACCUCUGCUGUUCGGAUGGUUGAAAUUAACUUUCUUAUCCCAAAAGAAGAUCGAAAAGACAACGAUGUCGUCCGUGUUGAAGCCCUCGUCCCCAUUACGACUGACGUUGACAAGGGCAAGCUACUCAAAGAGUGCAUCGAUUGGGCGAAGACGGUGGUAGAUGGCAACAUCCGCUAUCGAGAUCUUAUUUCAAAGCUGCCCGCCAAUCAUCAAAUCUAA